CCGCCGCGCCCGCGCUCCCCCGGGGCGGCUCGGCUGGGCCUGGCCCGGCCCUGUCCCGCGCCCCCGGCCGCAGGUGCUUAAAUAGCGGCGCCUGCCCCGCCGCUGCGUCCUUCGCGCCGCCAGUGUGUGUGAGAAUUAUCCGCGGUGCCUGUCUUCUCCCUGGAGAGCCCACCGCUCUCCACACCGCUUCUACAUUGCGACCUCUACGCCAGCUCUGAGGGAGGAUGGACUAUCUCUGAAGGGGCUUCUGCAGUUAUUCUGGCAUGCAGUGCUCUCGUGGCUGAUGCUGGUGUCCAGCUGGGACGGCACAGAACGGAACCAAAAAUCUUCUCAGUACUUGCUUUUGCAGCAGCCUAGGACAGGAAGCUCAUUUAAAGAAACAGAAAGGUCUUUACUACCUGUGGAAAGAGAAGCAGGAUUUGUAUGCUUUGAGAAGAUUGUAAUUUGCUGCCAUUUAAUUCUGACAACCCAUCUUGAGGAGCUUCUGUUGUAAUGUAUCCAGUGGCUGUUCCUGCACCAGGAGGUGAAGGAAGUAAUGGACAGCAUGGGAAACUUAUUUUUUUCCUUUUUGUUUUUGGAGCUGUGUUGCUGUGUGCUGGAUUCCUUCUUUCAGUCUUUAUUCUCCAGUCAUGUCCAUCUGGAAGCUUCAGUGACUGUAACGAGGUCCUUAAGGCUGCUGGGCCAGUGUUGGCUGUAACUGGACUGGUUUGUGUUUUACUGGCACGAUCAAGGGCCAGGAUGUAUAUAAGACAAAGACAAUUGCAAAAUGAGCAGGUGUACAGCCUUGUGUUUUGUCGUGGGAACUGCCAGUUUGCCCAGUUUCUCAUAUUUGGAUUCCUGUUUUUAACUAGUGGAAUGUUAAUUAGCAUCCUGGGCAUUUGGGUUCCUGGUUGCAGCCCUGGCUGGCAUACGAUACAGCUCAACCACACUGGCACUUCUGACAUGGACCUCCAGGGCUGUGGAUUCCUGUCACUUCAAAUCAUGGGACCUUUGAUAGUGCUCACUGGGUUGUGUUUCUUCGUGAUAGCUCAUGUUAAAAAGAAGCAAAACUUAAAUCUCAACCAAGAAUCCUGUGAAAGUGAAGAACAUCCUCAGAGCCCUGAAUCUUUUCAGGUUACAGUAGGUGAUGCUGUGAUGUUAUUCCCACCCCCACCACCUCCAUAUUUUGCUGACCCUAUGUCACCAACUGUGACACAUUGUCUUAUGUCAAGUGUUUUACCUACAAGUGAAAAUCCUCCACCAUACCACUCUAUCUUCAGUGAUGGACAGAAAUAUAACCUGUUUGGUAACAGUUGGAAGCACCAUCACUGCCAUUGUUGAUGAGUGUCUGGAAAGUUGUCUGGCAGGAAAGGACCUCGGAAUGGUGGCCAACAGCACCUGAACAUGAGCCAUCAGUGUGCCCAGGUGGCCAAGGCAGCCAGCUGCAUCCAGGCUUCUAUCAACAAUAGCGCGACCAGUGGGACCAGGGCACCUAAAUGUUCAAGGGGAGUGGGACAGUAAGUGGCUCGUUCCUGGAAAACUGUGGGAUGGGAGGCAAAGAUUAGAAGGACAAGAUGCUUGCAAGGGUCGUCUGCUUCUGAAUUUGUAGUGUUCUGGCCACACUGGAACACACUUGCAGUCUUAGCAGUUGAGCCAAGAGCUUCUAAGGUGAGAGAAGCCAGGAGAGAAACACUGGAGAGCUAUCUCAAAGAACUAAGGGAUGUUCCUCUAGGAAGGCAACAUGGCCAGCAUCUCAGCUAAGGUGCCUUUAAACCAAUGCACACAGCAUGGGCACAAACUGGAACAGUUGGAAGACCCUGUGCUGCUGGAAGACCUAUGACCUUGUUGCUAUUCCUGAAACUUUGUGGGAUGAAUCCUUUUUCUGGAGUGUGACUUUUAUUGGCUGCAGGCUGUUCAGAAGAGACAGGGAAAGAAAUAGGGGGUGAGGGAUUGCUUUUUACAGCAAGAGGUGGGUUUAAUGUGAAGAGCAGUCCCUGAAGAAUAGCAUGAGCAGGUGGAAAGCCUGUGGCUAUGAGUCAGAGACUGAGGCAGCAAAGGGAACGCUGUGGCUGGGGUCUGCUACAGCCGCCUGACCAAGGGGAGCCCACUGACCAAACCUUCCUGCUCCAGCCACAGGAGGCAUUGAGCCCGCAGGAUCUUGUCCUGCAGGGGCAGCUCAACCACCCCAGCAGCUGUUGGGAAAGUAGCUUGGAGGGCUGUAGGCAAUCCAGGAGACCCCUGGAGUGUGUGGAGGAUAAUAUCCUGACCCAGGUGACAGACAGCCCUGCUGAGGGAAUGUGUUACAGGAUCUGUUGGUCACCAGUGCAGGUGAGCUAACUGGGACACCAAGACUGGAGGCAGCCUGGGCUGCAGGGGUCAUUCAUUGGUGAGGUGUGCAGGGCUGAGGGAUAGGGGUUGGGUAAGGAGUAGAAGUCUGGCUCUUGAACUUUAGGAAAGCAGAAUUUCAGUCCUCUGGGAACCCAGUCAGGGGGAUCCCCUGACAGGCUGCCCUCAGGGACAAGGGAAUAGAAGAGAGCUGGCAGAUCUUUAAGGAACUCUUCCAUACAGCACAAGAGCUGGCAAUCCCCAGGAGCAAGAAAUCGGAUGAGGAGGGCAAGAGACCAGCAUGGCUGAGUAGGAACUUGCUGGUCAGAAUUAAGGGAAAGAAGCAAAUGCACAAGCAGUGGAAACCAGGACAGGUGACCUAGGAAGAGUUUUGAGAUGAAGAACCAUUGUGUAGGGAGAAAGCUCGAGGCAAAUCUGGGACUGAACCCAGCAAGGGACACAAAGAAUAACAGGAAGGGCUUCUACAGGUACAGUACAUUAACUAGAAAUGGAAGGUCAAAGAAAGGCUGUCCCCCAGUGAAGAAUGCUGGAAAAGUGGUGACGGUGGAUGAGAAGCUGAGGUACUUAACAACUUUUUUACCUCUGUCUUAAAUGUCUCUUUUCCCACUCAGGGGUAGAUGGACAGCAGGAUGGGGACUGGGGGAGAAAAGUCUCUCCCAGUGUAAGAGACCAGGUUCAUGGCUAUCUGACGAACUGUAAUGUACAUAAGUCUCUGGCACCCAAUGAGCUGCAUCCCAGAGUCCUGAGGGAGUUGUCCCUAGAUGUGGUCAGUAGAUGUCAGUCAGAUGUAGUUGCUAAGCCACUCUUCAUGAUAUUUGAAAAGUCAUGGCAGUCAGGGUAAAUCCCAGGUGACUGGAAAAAGGGAAAAACAUUGUACCCACCUUUAAGAAGGUCAGAAAGGAGGAAUACUGAGAAAUACUGACCUGUCAGCCUCACUUCUGCCUGGGAAGAUCAUGGAACAGAUGCCCCUAGAGCUGUGCACAUGUAGGACAGGGAGGUGAUUCAGGACAGAUGACACAGCUGCACCAAGGGCAGGUCCUGCCUGAUCAACCCAGUGGCUUUCUAUGAUGUGGUGACUGCAGCAGUGGACAAGGGAAGGGUUACAGAUGUCAUUUAUCUGUCAUUUUACUGUAAAGCCUUUGGCACAGUCCCCCACAACAACCUUCUCUCUUGAUUGGAGAGAGAUGGAUUCAAUAAGUGGACUGUCUGGUGGAUGAGGAAUUGGUUUGACAGUCACAUCCAGAGAGUAGUGGUCAAUGGUUCAGAGUCCCAAUGGACUUCAGUGACAAGUGGUGUCCUUCGGGGGUCCAUAUUCAGACCAGUGUUAUUAAAUAUCUUCAUUAAUGACAUA